AUGCAAACAGAGAAUGUAGACUCUUCCGGACAGGUUGAUGAUGAAUUCAUUUCUUCUUCUUCUUUGAUAUCACUCGAGUUUAUAGUCCCAAAAAUUGAAUAUUCAAACAACAAGGAACGUGCCAUGUCGGAAAUAUGUACUCAAAUUUAUGAGCAGGUUCAGAGGGAAUAUCAUUUGUAUUUGACUUCGGAAUUGCAUGAUAUUCGUCAUUUGUCGAACAAGCAAGAUGACACAAAGUCUCGUCCUAAUGAAGAUUGGAAUUCAUUCCAUCAAAAUAAGGACAUUUCAAGACAAUAUGAAGAAUUUACUCUUUCACACCGGGAUACAUUUAAUUGGAAUCAAAUUAAGCAAGCUCUUAAACAUGAUAACCUCAAUUUAUCCCACUUUCAGACCAUUGAGGAAGCAAACAUUUUCAACCCUCCUUCAGAAGAAGAUGAAACACUCUCACAAAGCUUACCUCUGACGGCAGAGUAUUGGAGAAGAAGACAACAAGAGUUAAGUGGUUCGUCCACAACAAACAAUACAUUUUAUGAAAUUCCUAAAUUAAGAAUUCAGCACAGAAUUCAUGCACCAAGAGUUGUUAAAAGAAAAUAG